GCCUUUUCUGGGCGUCUUGAUACAGGCAGGACUAUCGGGUCACAUUUGCAUGUGUAAGCAAGCGCUCAUCCACUCCAAACACAAACAAUGAGGAAGUCGUUGGAGAAACAGUAUGCCGCAGCAAAAACAUUUAAAGCCGGUCAUUUGUCACGCUGUUUCGACCAGAGCCUCUCUCUCUCUCUCUCUCUCUCUCUCUCUCUCUCUCUCUCUCUCUCUCUCGCUCUCCCUCUCUCUCGCUCUCUCUCUCCCAACAGUGACCAAGGCUGCCGAUCAGGCGGCAGACAUGGGGCUCUGCUCAUUAACGCAUCAAAUCGAUGCCUUAAACAUCCUCAACGACCUGCGAGCUCACGCGACGACCGGCACCAGAGACGGCGAGGGUCGUCGCCCAGGUGAUUCGAUGAAGGAGCCCCGCAGACCGAAGACCAUCGCGGAGAGAGCGCGAGAGAGCUGCCUCGCGCGCCUGCUCGACAUCCUCGCGCGACUCAUAUCCAUAGAGGAAGAUUUUAUAAAAGACGUCGCGUACGAAAGGAGUUUGCUUAAGCAUAAGGACAGCGUUGACCUAAAGAACAUAUGCUUGAGGAUGGCUAUCGCAGAAGGCGGUUCUCGCUCGGACAGAGACAUGAGGGAACUUCGGGACUGUCUCCGACUUAUUGUGGGUAACCUGCUGGCGUACGCGCGAGAGGAAAACAACCUCUCGUCCACCGAGACCACUCACAGACUCAGGGAGCUUUCCAGCUCCUUCCCAGAAAUCUGAAGACCCGGUAUCACCGCGUGUAUUCUAAGGAACUACCUCAGGAGCAGAUAUGAUUUGAGACGCUACCUUUUUUUUUUUUUUUUUUCUCAGGAAAUCCGCAAGCCACGAGCUAUCUGUGAAUCAUCUGUCGUUUUUUGAUAAGUAUGGUGACGCUUCAGAAUUCCAACGGAAGGCGUUGACGUGAGUGUUUUGACCUGAAAGCUGCGCAUAGAGAUGGUUUCAUAUUUAAUGCUCAAGCCUAAGAACGACAUUCUCUCGUACCAGUCACGCCUCAGGAUGGGCUGGUGUGGCCGUCUUUGUCACCUGCUAGAAAAGAAAGUUAAGGAGCAAGUUGGGUGGGGGAGGAGGGUGUGUUGGAAAAUAUGCAUUUGUUUAUGUGUAUUCCAUCAUUACGACACCGCGGUUUAACUACGUUCCAAAUGGAAUCAUUAUCAGUGUUACAACGAAACACUAUUAGUUCUAAAUAAGCGAUUAUGAGUUCAAGGCUUGACUCUUUUAUUGCUCGUUUGAGCAGCACUGGAAAUGAAUCUAUGCUUUUGCUCUGUUUUGCGAAUGAUGCUAUAGCAUUUGUAGAGUCUUGUCACUAGAUGGCGCGCAAAACCAGCUUUUUAACGUAUGUAAACAUUGUCUGCUCCACUCUGUGAAGAUGAUCAUAAUAAUAAGUAUAAUGUGAAUGAACAGUCCCAAAUACUACUGAAAAAUGAUGUUUAAAUGCAUGAACGUGAACACAUUAAAAAAACAAUAAUCAA